GAAGAUGCUCCACAUGUGUACACAAAGAUAUUGCUAUUUUGGCAACAAAAGGAAGAGCAAUUUCCUGGUCUAUCAGCAAUGGCUCGUGAUAUACUUUGUAUUCCUGCUGCUGAGUCUGGAGUUGAGCGAGUCUUUAGUGCCGCAAGGGAUGUGUGUGGCCACCGACGUGGCCAACUUAAUCCUGAGACGAUUAAGAGUAUUAUGCUUGUAUAUUACUCUCGACAAUACAAGAAUCGUCAAUGUCAUCGUGACAAGCUUGCAGAUAUGAUGGACGUCGUUGAUAUGACUGAGGAGCAAGUAGAAGAAGAGUAUGAGGCACAAUGACAACGGAUGUGCAAUUCUAUUGAGUUACAAUAUAUCAGCGAUGAAGAAGAACUACGAUCAAAUACACAUAUCCGAGAGACAUAUUCAAAGGUACAAUAUCCUCCGUUUAACCCUCAGCGGCCACAGCAACAGCAAGAAUUAUCACAAGCCGCACAUGAAGAACGACAAAUGCGCUACCAACAAGGUAAAGAAAGAGAUAGGGCUGACCGUCUUAACGAGACCUUAUACGACAUCCCAGAUGACAAUAUCCUAGAUAACGAAGAUAUAAGAGAAGAUGGUAAUAAUGAGGAGCCUAUACUUC